GGUCGAAAGAAACUAGGACGGACUUAAAAAUGAGUAAACCAAAAAAAUAAAUAUUCAGCCGCUAACUGUUGCAGUGCACUAGUAGGGUUGCUGUGUGCGAGCGGGGACUGAAGGGUUUGCACAGCAGAUAAACGCCACCACGACUUCCCCCGCUUCCGCUCUUCUUCUUCUUCUUCCCUCUUCCACCACUUCGCUUCCUUCCUCCGCUCUCACUCCACCGUCCUCCGAUUGCCGUUUCAAAUCUUUCUUCUCCAUUAAUCCUUAAAUCCCGACCUCUUCCAUCUCUAUCUUCCUAAAACCCUAUCUGUCCAUCUUCCUUCCCUCUCUGAUACCAACAAUGGGAGCUUCUUUGCCACCGAAAGAGGCCAACCUCUUCAAGCUCAUCGUUAAAUCCUAUGAAACCAAGCAGUAUAAGAAGGGGUUGAAGGCUGCUGAUGCUAUACUGAAAAAGUUCCCUGACCAUGGAGAAACUUUGUCGAUGAAGGGCUUGACAUUAAAUUGCAUGGAUCGUAAACCUGAAGCAUAUGAACUUGUCCGCCUGGGUCUGAAGAAUGAUCUUAAAAGUCAUGUUUGCUGGCAUGUAUAUGGUCUGCUCUAUCGGUCUGAUAGGGAGUACAGAGAAGCUAUCAAAUGCUAUCGCAAUGCACUGAGAAUAGAUCCAGACAAUAUUGAAAUACUGCGUGACUUGUCGCUCUUACAGGCACAAAUGCGGGAUUUGGAUGGUUUUGUUCAGACUAGGCAACAGCUACUGACCCUGAAGCCAAAUCAUAGAAUGAAUUGGAUUGGCUUUGCUGUUGCUCACCACUUGAACUCAAAGUACGGAUUGUUCUUUUCUUCUUCCACUGAAUCAUCUCACCUGUUCUUUACCAGUGCAUCGAAAGCAGUUGAAAUUCUCGAGGCCUAUGAAGGAACAUUAGAGGAUGACUAUCCUCCCGAUAAUGAACGAUGUGAACAUGGGGAAAUGCUUCUAUAUAAGGUAUCUUUACUAGAGGAAUGUGGCUCACACGAGAGAGCUUUUGAUGAGUUGCAGAAGAAGCAGUUCAAAAUUGUUGAUAAAUUGUCAUUCAAGGAGCAAGAGGUUACUCUUCUGGUAAAACUUGGACGCUUAGAAGAAGGUGCUAACCUGUACAAGGCAUUGCUUUCAAUGAAUCCUGACAAUUACAGAUAUUAUGAAGGCCUACAAAAGUGUGUUGGACUGUGUUCUGAAAAUGGUCAAUACUCUUCUGAUGAAAUUGAUAAGCUGGAUGCUUUAUACAAGUCAUUGGGUCAGGAUUACACAUGGUCAUCUGCUGUCAAGAGAAUCCCACUUGAUUUUCUCCAAGGCAACCAGUUUCAAGAAGCUGCUGAUAAGUAUAUAAGACCGCUUCUGACAAAGGGAGUUCCUUCAUUAUUCUCGGAUCUGUCUCCUUUAUAUGACCAUCCUGGCAAGGCUGAGGUACUGGAGCAGCUUAUUCUUGUGUUGGAGCAUUCAAUCAGGAUCAAUGAGACUUUUCCUGGAAGAGUGGACAAAGAGCCCCCUUCAACACUCCUUUGGACAUUGUUUUACUUAGCACAGGUUCCUUUCAUUUCACUGAUGCAUUACGACCGAAGGGGUCAAUAUGACCUUGCUCUCACCAAGAUUGACGAAGCUAUAGCACAUACUCCAACAGUGAUUGAUUUGUACUCGGUCAAGAGCCGUAUUAUGAAGCAUGCUGGGGAUUUACCAGCAGCUGCUGCAUUGGCAGAUGAAGCUAGGUGCAUGGAUCUUGCUGAUCGGUACAUAAACAGUGAAUGUGUCAAACGUAUGUUGCAGGCAGAUCAGGUACCUUUGGCUGAGAAAACCGCUGUUUUGUUCACCAAAGAUGGGGACCAGCAUACCAACCUUCAUGACAUGCAGUGCAUGUGGUAUGAAUUGGCUUCUGGGGAUAGUUAUUUCCGCCAGGGUGAUCUAGGCCGAGCUCUCAAGAAGUAUUUGGCCGUCGAGAAGCAUUAUGCUGAUAUUACAGAAGAUCAAUUUGAUUUCCAUUCAUAUUGCCUAAGAAAGAUGACUCUUCGCGCCUAUGUUGCAAUGCUUAAAUUUCAAGAUCGUCUCCAUUCUCACUCAUAUUUCCAGAAAGCAGCUUCUGGAGCUAUCAGGUGUUACUUGAAGUUGUAUGAUUCCCCGCCCAAGUCCACUACUGAAGAAGAAGAUGAAACAUCAAAGUUGCUUCCUUCUCAGAAAAAGAAAAUGAGGCAAAAGCAGAGGAAGGCAGAAGCUCGAGCGAAGAAGGAAGCAGAAGUGAAAAAUGAAGAACAAAGUGCUAGUAGUAUCUCAAAGUCUGGGAAGCGACAUGUCAAACCCGUAGAUCCAGACCCGAAGGGGGAAAAGUUGUUGCAGGUUGAAGACGUGUUGCUGGAAGCUACCAAGUACCUGAAGUUGCUUCAGAAAAACUCUCCCGACUCUUUCGAGACACACUUGCUUUCUUUUGAAGUAAAUAUUAGAAAGCAAAAGGUUCUACUUGCUCUUCAGGCCUUGAAGCAGAUGCUGAGGUUGGAUGCUGAAAACCCAAAUUCUCAUCGAUGUUUGAUAAGGUUCUUCCAUAAAGUAGACUCAACAACUACUCCAGUAAUCGAUACUGAGAAGCUUAUUUGGAGUGUCAUACAAGCAGAGCGUUUGUCACUCAGUCAAUUGCAUGAGAAAUCUCUCCUGGAAGCGAAUCUGUUUUUCCUUGAGAAGCACAAAGUCUCUUUGAUGCAUAGAGCUGCAGUUGCAGAAAUGCUCUUUGUUUUAGAACCUAGCAAGAAAUCUGAAGCUAUUAGGUUGAUUGAAGAAUCAUCUAACAACCCUGUUCCCAGUGGUGGGGCGCUUGGAGCAGUGAGUGAAUGGCGACUGAAGGACUGCAUUGCUAUCCACAAAUUGAUAAACACAGUUCUUGCUGACCAAGAUGCUGCGAUCAGGUGGAAAGGUCGAUGUGCUCAGUACUUCCCAUACUCUACGUACUUUGAAGGCAAACUGAGCUCUGCAAUGCCCGACUCAGUGUACAAUCAAAUUGGUGGCAAGUCCCCUGAGAAUGGAAGUGUUAUAAGCCAUCCUCAAUGCAAUAAGAUCACAGAUUCCAUUGCAUCAAACGGGAAGUUAGAAGGGUUCAAGGAACUGACCAUCUGAGAAAUUGUUUCGGCUGGUGCUUACGUUUGUGAUCCAGAAUUAGCCGUGCAGCUUGAGGAGAAAUGUAUUUCGCAAAAGGGAUGAUUUGAGAGGUUUUGUAUUCUUUAUGCUGAUCAUCCUCUUCUAUCAGUUUGAAACUAAAAAAAAGGUUUUCCACCUCUUUGUCACUAUAACUAUCCCUAUACCUUGCUGCCCUGCCAAGUGGGAAAUGCAUUCCUUUGCAAAUGUGUAUAACAGACUGCACAUGAUGUCCUUUAGAGGGUUUUGUUUUUGAUUAACUCACAGUUGCUACAUUGGGCGAGAUCUCAGAUACAAGGGCAGCUUUCCAUAAUAUUGCACCAAACUAGAGAUGCAACGGUUUGUAUCUCUCUAGUUCACAGGAACAAGUGCAGAAUUGUCGAUGGUGGUUGGAACUUGGAAUGCUGGUUGUCCUCGGCGUAUUAUGGAACAGUAGAGCUGAAGGAGUAGGGAGCCUUGUUGUACCGUUUUUUCGUAUUCCUGGUUUUCUUUUUAAUUUAUUUUCUUUAAAAUUCUUAUCUUUCUUGCCAUGUAUAAACACAGCUUCAUAUGAUGAAAAUUUUGCUACGGAGUCUAGAUAUCUUUAUAUAUGUGACAGGCUUAUCAUUUUGCUUCACAU